AAAAAUAUAGCUUUUAAAUAUUCUACGCAACUUGUCUUUUGUAACAUUGGACAAAUUUGAAAGAAUAAAUUUUAGAAAAAUAUGAAUCAUAGGAGUAUCGUUUGCAAUAGCUGAUAUACCAAGAUAUAACGAAGGAUUACCGUCCUCACGGAUUUAUUUUUAUUACAACGUUUGCUCACAAUCAGAGAAUAAAUCAUUAACUUUCUUUACUUUUUAAAAUUCUAAUUUAAAUCGCGUUACGCUGCUAACAUAAUUACCAACGUUUAAAACGUGAUACGUGACUUCGUCUAUGUCGAAUAAACUAUCGAUUGUUAAUGGCAAUAUUUGUUAUUAUGUGAUUAUAUGUAUCCACGUCAAAAUGGCAGAUAUCUCGUUCUCUAACCGUGCCUAUUUUAAGAUUAUGUCCCAUGCUGCUAAGUAUCCUCAUUGUGCAAUAAAUGGAUUAUUGUUGGCCAAACAGAAGAAUAAAAGCGAUAGUAAAUCCGUAGAAUUACAUAUCGAAGAUGUAAUUCCACUAUUCCAUAUCUGUCUUCAUGUAUCGCCUAUGGCAGAAAUCGCAUUAACCAUGGUUGAUCAAUUUGCUACAAGCAAAGGUUUAAUAAUUGCAGGUUAUUAUCUUGCAAAUGAAAACAUAAAUGAUUUAAGUACAGAUAAACCUGCUCAUAGAAUCGCAGACAAAAUAGCAGAAAACCAUGGAAAUGGUCUACUUGUUGUGGUAGACAAUAAAGAACUUCCAUUCGGUCAGAAUACUUUGAGAGUGUCUCAAUACAUUGAUGGCAAAUGGAAGCUUAAAGACACAGAUGUAUUUGAGAUUGGACCUGCAAAUUUGGUAGCACUAUAUUCUUUAAUAAAAAAAGAUCUGUGUAAAAAUCUUGUUGAUUUUGACAAUCAUCUGGAUGACAUUUCUCUCGAUUGGCAGAAUCGGAAAUUUAACAAGAUUAUAGAUGAGGCUCUAGAAACUAAUCAGCUCAGUGAGGAGGAUAUGCUCCUAUGAUCAAGUAUGUAACUUGCAUCUCCCCAUAACCCAAUAAUGACUGUGCCUAAUUGGUCAGGGGACGAAAAACGGCCAGUGGCAAUCGGUGCUGAUUCAUGUAAAGUAGAAUGGUCAAGUAAAAUAAAAACCACGUUCAACUCUCAA